UUCCAUUUCUCUUGUGUUGUGUGACGGCCAUUAAAAGCGCGUAAAAAUUUCGAUAUAUCUCCCGAAAAUCGGUGAAUAUAAUUAAAAUAAAUGAAAUUAAAUGAAACAUCCGUUGUGUAUUUUACAAAAUACAUAUAACUUCAAAUGUAAAACAUAAAAUAAACGCCGAAUUGUGCAAUUCAAUUGCUUCGAAGCGUUUUCGGGUGCAGAAACACGAAGAAAAAUCCACCAAUCGAAUUGUGCUUCGCCUGGCCUUUUUUAAUAGUAAUAGUGCCACAGCACAACAGAGAUGCAUCGAGUGGCAAGAAGAAUUAAAAGAAGAAAUUAAUGUAUAUAUCUUUUUUGUCAAAAACAAGUGAAAAUAGCGAGAAGCCAGCACAAUUUAUGCAACUUAACACGCACGCACACACAACUCAUCAUUGUGUGCGAUGGAUGUAGUAAUAAUGAUGAUGGUCACGAUGAUGAUGAUGAUGUGAGGAUGGCGAUGGUGUAAAUGUGUGUUCUAUAAAAAAAUACAUAGCAGCGGAAAAAAGUGUGUAAAACAUUGCAUGUUGGAGAAAGAAAUGUGUGUGUACAUCCCCAAACGUCGACAGUAAAUUUUUGUGUGUUAAUUCAACAAAAAAAGUAUAUAAUUUGUAAUAAGAAUUUCCAAAGGAUAUAACAAAAGAUUUAAAGUGGCAAAAGAAAUCCAUGAUAAAUGUGUGGGAGAAAACAUAAUUCCGAAGAAAAGUCAAUAAUAAUGAGAAAAGGGGAAAAUAAAAUAAAAAGGUAUAUUAAAAUCUAACGAAACGAACAGCAACAACAACUGCCAAUAAGAGAGAAAAAGAAAGAAGCAAUUACCACACACGCACACAUACAAACCAAUAACGCAUACUCGCGCGUCAAUAACUCGAGUUAGUGGUGUACCGAGUACUCGCUCGAAAAGUAGCCAAAAAGAAGUGAUUUUCUCAGCACUAUUUAAAUUUUCAAUUCUCUUUUGUUUUGAUUUAAAACGAAGAAAAAAGACAACGGCUACGACGACAAUACGAAGUGUGGUGGAACAAAAAUAUUCGUACUUGGUACGGUUUUCAAUUUUCUUUUUUUGUUUCAUUUAUUGUUUUUCAAGACCUAACUAACUAGUGAAUCGAAAUGUGUGUUUGCUUAUGUGACGAAGACACGAGAGAGUGAGAUACUACUUCGCAUAGAAAUAAUGUGUGUGAGAGUGUGUAAAGAUACGCGCGCGAGUGUGAGUGCGUAUAUGCUGUCGUCUUACGUCUGAAAGAGUAGUGCGCUGCCCCAUACGUGUGUCAGUUUAUGUACGAAUAAAUUAAAAAAAGGAAAAUACGUUUAUAUAUGGCCUUUGCGAGUGAGAGUGUGAGUUGCUUAAAAAUAAUGAUAUAAACAUAAUAAAAUAGAGAAAAAAAAACUAUAAAAGAGUAACCAAUACAACAACUAAUAAAUUGAAACGAUCCAUCCAAAAGCGAGAAAAUAAAAAAGAAAAACAAAAAAGAUUACAAAAGAGGUAGCAAUCCCCCCGAUAUUAAAACGACAACAACAAAUAAACAGGCUACAGUGCAAAGAGAGCCAAAUGCAGAAUAAGAAAAAGAAAUCAACAAAACAGCAACAAAAUGGAUACGACAACAACAGCAGCAGCAACAACAACAAAUACGUCAUCAGCAGCAACCGCAGCGGCGGUGGUAGCAACAACAAAAACUAAACAAUUGGAUUUUAAAAUACUGGUGGACCAAACACUCAAUUCCUUGGAUGGUUUUGAUCCUGUUUCCCGUUGUGAUGCUCUGCAUUAUCUCUUGCAGAACCUAAAAUUCAAAUAUUCCGACACCUGCGAACAAGUUGUACCGAGUGUAUUUUCACAUCUGCUCGAUCGCGGCUAUGCGAGCACCACUAAGGGGGCCUCAAAAAAACAAUUACAAUUAUUGCUUGCCACUAAAAAGGAGGACAUCAAGAUUGAGGAUGAGAAUGCCUCGUCGACUGAUUUAAAUCAAAACUUUGAUAAGAUCCUCUGUAAGGAGGAGUUCAUGUGCCUGGAUGAGGAGGAUGUCGAUUAUGCAGAUGAUGCGGAUAAUGAAAAUUCAAAUUUUCACAACAAACGUGUACGUUACAUCUCAUCAGGCGGAGCAUCGGCCGCAGCAUUAGCCGCCGCUUCGGCCGCAGGUCAUUUAAAUGCCAGUGGUAGUAGUCGCGAUCCUCUAGAUUUGAUCCCUUCCUCAGUAAUACACGCCCGACGUCUUGGCAGAUUAGCAGCUGCCGAUAAUGGUGACGGUGAUGAAAGUAAUAGUUUAGACGCUCUUGCCUCCGAUAGUCUAAAGAGAACGCGACGGAGAGGAUUCGCCGUCCAUUGCAGUAGUAGUAGUAGUAAAAAUAAUCUGGGAAAGUUGCAUCAUUCACGUUUGUUGUUUGAAAAGCUUCAGCGUGUUUCCCAUUUGGGCGAAGGUUAUGUCUUCCAUGCGGACAAUGAGUUUACAAUUCAUUUCCAUAGGAAGUCCGAAGAGUUGAGUAUACGCGUGUUCAAAGAACAAUUUCGUUUACAUUUAAAAAUAGCCUUGAGAGACCAUAACAAAGAAUUCCUGCGACAAUUUCAAAGCGAUUUAGUUUUAACGGGAAAAUUGCUGGGUACAACACCACCGCAGCAUGUGCUCGAUUCACUGCGCCUAGAGCGGGAGGAGGAGUGGCGCCAGCAGAAAUUACGAAAACAACAGCAACAAAUGUUGCUUAUGCAACAGCGAAGACGUAUUCGGGCAGCGUCUAAUAUUGGUGGAAGCGCCUAUGAUUCGGAAAUGGACUUUGAGCUAGAAUCAGAAUCUCAACUAUCAUCAGCUUCUCAUGAAAUUAUGAAAUUCGAAGAGAUCAUCGAUGAGGGCGUGGGACCUGGUCGUCUCAUCGAUGGCUUGGUAAUGGAGCCAGAAAUAGAGGAUGUUAUUGAGAGGGGCAGUGGUGCAAGUGUAAGUGUUAGCGGCGGCAGCAGCAACAGCUCCGGAGGUAAUGGCCUAGACACCUUACCCAAUGACUUGGUGACAACAGACAGUGCUUCAACUUUGACCUCACCGUUUGUUGGUGCUGUUGGCGGAGGUAGUAGUGAUUUGGCAACCGUAGGUUCAAGUUUCAAAAAUCAUUUGACACAACAACAACAACAACAACAGGGGGCCACAAACAACAGCCUUCUUAUGAAUGGUCUAACACCAGCAGCUGGUCCUGGUGCCAACAACCUUAUUCCUAACAAUUUAACUAAUCAACAGAUGCAUGGCAUGGCCAUGGGCGGUAAUCAUAAUCAUCCGAAUAUGUCCUCCAAGGAGCAACAACUAUAUCAUCAACAACAAAUGUUGCAGCAUAAUCAGCAGCAAUUGACGGAAGAAGGUCUGAAAACGCAGAUGGCCGGAGGAAAGGGUCAGCAGCAGCCACAACAGCAUAACAUUGCUAGCCUAAUGAAUAACAAUAUGGGCCAGCAACAAGCUUUCCAGCAGGGUGGACCGCCACAUCAUCAGCAACAGCAGCAGCAAACACCACAGCAGCGCUAUCUGCUACAGCAACAACAACAACAGCAGCAGCAGCAACAACAACAUCACCAACAAGGUCCUUAUAAUUCACAUAUGCCAGCACAAAAUCAUCCCUUGGCCAUGAUGGGUGGCAUGAUGGAGUCGGCCAACCAACAGCAUCAACAAAUGCAGCAGCAUCAGCAGCGUAUGCAAAUAAAUGCCCCCAAUAAUGUUAUCAAUAGUAUAGACAAUAUUCUGGGUGUUGCUGGCAACGGUUCCAAACCGCAAGCCAACACUCCAGAAAACUUGCAAUAUAUGCAACAGCCAGGCAGCCACCAGCAACAAAUGGCACCACACAUGCAAAAUAUGCCACCCCACAUGCUUAUGCAGCAACAGCAGCAGCAGCUACCACAAGAUCAUCCAUCGUUUUUGGCUGGCUCGGGGACAAUUCCACCACCAACUACCUCUCAGACGCCUGGUGUACUCCAAAAUCCCAAUACUCCCACUGGCAACAAUUCAUCGGCGAAUGCUUCUUUCGAUCACGAUGAUCCGGACAUGUCCCACGAUGAAGACGAUGAGGACCAUGAAAACGAUACAAAUGAUGGUAUGGAACCCAAACAGCAGCUUAUUGAUGGUGGCAGCAGUAGCAGUACUUCACUGCAGGCGCCACCCGGUGGAACGAAUGCAUCUGGAGGCUCAAAGAAGGAGAAACCCAUAUACAAUUGCUUGUUGUGUCCCAAAUCAUAUCGCAAACGAAAGUCUUUAUUGGAUCACUAUAAGAUUCAUCCCGGUUACUGCCAUGACUGUGGCAAAGCCAAUGGCACUUCAUUAGAGGAAAUUAUACAUCACAACCGCACGGUACAUGCCAAGGACUUUCCUUUCGUUUGCGAGACCUGUGGCGAAUCUUACUCAAGACGUCAACAAUUUCAUGCCCAUGUUGAAUCUCACAAUAAGAAGGAAUUCAAAACUUAUUCAUGUAUCGAAUGCGGCCAAAAGUUCUCUCACAAAAAACUUCACCAACAACAUUUGGACGAUACUGGCCACAAGGCAGAUGGUGCUAUUUGUGAGGUAUGCGGUGAUGAAUUUCCAUCGAAGAAUGCUCUCUAUCAACAUAUCGUUAGAGUUCAUAAAAAGGACAACUUGUUCGAGUGCCACAUAUGCCAGAAUCGUUUUACGCUGAAGGCUAAUUUGGAACGGCAUGUCCAACUGCACACAGAGAUUAAGAGGACCUAUGUCUGUGAUAUCUGUGGCUCAUCAUAUUUUACAUAUCCAGCUUUAAAAGAUCAUUACAGCAAUGCCCAUACAGAUGCCUCCGAAUGCAAAUGUACAUUGUGUGGCAAGCGUUUUGGUUCAGUCAAAUCAUUACAACGUCACUUACCAUCGCACUCGGAAGAGCGACCACACAGUUGUUGUUAUUGUGAACAGACAUUCAAAUGGAAAACGCAUCUGGUACGUCACAAACAAACCGUACACGGUAACCAGCCCUCCCCCAAGAAAGUUAAGCGGUUUUCAAAGGAUGGUGAUGAAUUGGUGCCCAUGUCUGAUGUCCCUGGCCCGCCACCAGCUAAAGUUGCAAAAAAAUCGAAUGCUAGCAAACCAAAACAGCAGACGGCACAACAACAACAAAAAAUGGGAGCUGUUGCAACACCGCCACCCCUUUCAACAACGCCAGGAACAUCAUCGUCCUCCCAACAAGAUCCUUUCAAUGCUGCCAUCAUUAGUAACAAUAGUUCACAAUCUUCGACUGCAUCAACAUCACAGCACUCGCUGCAGUCUGGUGAAUCUCAACCGAAUUCCAUGUAUAGUCAAAAUUUCAGUGCUGAGAAAUUGUUGGGGCAACAACAUGCGCCGCAGCCAACGCAAACGGCGGCACCGCAACAACAAGCACAGCCAAUGUUAGCUACACACAAUCAACAUCCACAACAAAGACCAACACCACCUCCUCACCAACAACAACAACAACAACAGCAGCAACAUCACCGUCACACUCCUAACAAUAGUCACACGCCGGACAAUAAUAUGCCCCGCAUUAACAGCUUUGGUGGCGGUGGGCCCGCACAACCAGAAACACAAUUUCAUUUCGAUCAAAGUGCCGCUGGCGGCCCUGCAUCAACCAUUACUAAUCCCGGUGCUUAUCCACAACAUCAAAUUAUAAAUCAGUAUCAGCAGCAGCACCAUCAACAGCAACAACAGCAGCAACUGCAAACGCCUCAGCCACCACCACAACAGGGCCAACAACAACAGCAUAUGCGUAGUCAUACUCCGCAAAGUCCACAUCAUAGUCAUGUGCCGCAACAACAUCCGCACUUUUCUUCGCCACAUCAGCAGCAUUUGCAAAGUGCUGCUCAGCAGCAACAACAUCAACAACAAAUGCACCAUCAUCAAAUGAUGCAGCAACAGUUGCAACAGCAACAACAUCAACAGCAAGCUGCAGCCCAUCAGAGGCAUAAUCAACAAAGAUCACCUCAUCCCCAUCAGACGCCUGCACAACAGUUGCAACAACAACACCAACAGCCAAUGCAUUCGCCUCAACACGCUCGUCUACAAUCACCAGCGCCUCAAUCGCAUACGCCGCAACCACAGGCAACACCACAACAACAACAGCCAAGUGUUGCUGCCAACCAUCAACAGCAAUAUACAACAGAUGCUUGGGGCAAUAUCAAUUUUGUGGGACAUGCUGCUAAUGCCACCAAUCAUCCUCAGCAACAGCAACAACAACAACAGCAGCAGCAGCAACAAAGCAAUGCUAGCAAUUUGCCAACAUCUGAUAAAGAUAAUCCCAAUAAAUUCUACAUCGUAGAUUCUUCCGAAUUUCUGGGUCUUCCAAUGAACGUUUCUGGCAGCACAACGCCGGGGGUUGCGGAAACAAAUCAAUUAAGCAGUACACAACACCAGCAACAACAGCAACAACCCCAAUCGCCUAUGGUGGCGGCUAACAAGUCAGCUCAACAGCAGCAGGAACAAGAUUUGAUGAGCUUUCAGAAUAUGUGGCCGCAAACAAAUCAGGCGCCCAAUCAAAUGGCCUAUAGUACGAAUGGAGGUCAACAACAACAGCAGGCGCAACAACAGGCUCAGCAGCAGCAACAACAACAACAACAACCACCUCAAACACCACAACAGCAAAGUGCUACGAAUCAACAAACUUCCGGAGUUGCCAAUGUGGGCGGAGCUGCAGAUCCCCAUAACUACAAUAAUAUUGGCAGUAUUUUAACGAAUCUCAUAGACAACAAUCCGAACCCAAUGGAAUACAAUUUCGAAUUAAUGCAACAGGGAUCAGUGCCAGUGGCUGGCAGUACCGCUACGGCAACUUCGGCAGCUGCACAAAGCCAACAACAGCAGCAGCAAAGCGCUUUAAGUGUGCACCACCAACAGCAACAGCAGCAACAUCAGGCAGCAACCGCAGCCUCAGCCUAUGGUUUGCAACCUACACCGGGUGCCAGUGGCCUAAUACGCCAUGCUAGUGUUUAUGGUGCGCCUGGAUCGAUUUAUGAUCCUCAUCCCCAUCAUCCUGCUGCUCAUCAUGCCUCAAGUUUAGCCGAAAUGGGUGAACAGCAAAAGAAUAGCUUUCAACCAUAUCAUCCACAUGCUCUGCAAUCACAUGCUCAUGCUUUGGGUGGCCAUCCGUUGGCGCCAACCGCACAUCACGCUUUGGCUGCAGCUUCGCACUUGUUACCGCCACCACCACCGCAUGCAGGCCAUCAUGUCUACGAUCGUGGUGGCUAUUCUGUGCUGGGUGGUGAAGAUGCCAAGGCAGUGCUGCCACCGAUCAGUGAUUAUAUGCAUCACAUGCAGCAACAACACGUCCAACAACCCGAUCUAUUGUACUAUCCAGUGAAAAAUGAAUGACAUUUAAAAUAGGUCAUGCCCACUGGUGGGGCUGGCGGGAAUACAAAUAGUAAUACGGCGAGAGCAGCGCAUGUCUAUCACCAGGGACUUGCAUCACCACACCACCACCACCACCAUCAUCACCAUCCUCAGCAUGCACAAACACCGCCCCAGUAUCCAUAUCACCACCACCCCCACCAUCACAUGCAGCAACAAUAUCAGCGCGGUAAGACCCAUCCCCACCAUCAUCAUCCCGGUCAUAGCGCGGGGCAUUCACAAUCUGAGUUGCUGCAUUGGUGGCCGCCACCACCAGUGCCUCCAUCAAUGACUACAUCACAAACAUCAUCAGCGGUGGCAGCCGCCACAUCGGCUUCAAUGUCGGCAUCAUCAGCAUCAUUAUCCACUGCAAACACAAAAUCUAAGAGAGGCGAUGUUUCAUAUUAGGUUUUAAGCUUGCGUUUUAUUUUUGUUUUGUUUAUAAAUAUUUUUAUUAUUUUUU